AAAGCAACUAUUUUGGGCAGCUUUAAUAGCUCUGUUUCACCUCUGUAUAAUUCGUUUUCCAUCAGUUGCUUCACUCAGUUACUUCAAACACGCAUUGAUCCUCGCUCCCUCUCUCUCUCUAGUUUCAAUUUGAAAGAUUAUUGAGUCUUCAAGAAAUGGGGACUUCUGGAAAAUGGGUUAAAGCAUUGAUAGGGAUGAAGAAACCAGACAAAGAAGACAAUGAAAAGAUUAGUGGAAAGAGCAAAAAAUGGAAGCUUUGGAAAGGUGUGAAAAGGCCAGCAGGAAUCAAUGCCGGGCCGGAUUUCUCGUCGGAACCCUCACCGGUGAACAACGACGCCUUCACCGCCGCCGUCGCCGCCGUGGUCCGCGCGCCGCCGAGCGACUUCCGCGCCGUGCGCCAAGAAUGGGCCGCCAUCAGAAUCCAAACCGCCUUCAGAGGAUUCUUGGCAAGAAGGGCUUUGAGGGCUUUGAAGGGAUUGGUGAGGCUUCAAGCAAUUGUUAGAGGGAGGCAGGUUAGGAAGCAGGCUGCUGUGACAUUGAGGUGUAUGCAGGCUCUUGUUAGGGUUCAGGCCCGGGUCCGGGCCCGCCGCGUCCGGAUGUCGGUCGAGGGGCAGGCCGUGCAGCGCCUCCUCGACGAGCGCCAUCGUGAGAAUGAGGCCUUGAAGGAAGCUGAGGAAGGGUGGUGUGAUAGUAGAGGGACUCUUGAAGAGGUUAAGGCCAAGAUACAAAUGAGGCAAGAGGGAGCUGUCAAGAGAGAGAGAGCCCUUGCUUACUCUCUUGCUCAAAAGUGGAAAUCAAGCCAGAGUUGUGAUUCUUGCAUCACUGUGCCAAAAUGCCAAGAAUUGGACAAGAGCAGCUGUGGAUGGAGCUGGCUGGAGAGGUGGAUGGUGGCGAAGCCGUGGGAGAAUCGGCUCAUGGAGAAAUCGAGCACGGAGGAACGGUUUCUAGAGACGACGCCGCUGAUCAAAGAAUGCAACAAGAGCAAUCUGUCUAGGGUGUCUGAGCCAAGUAUGGUGAAAGUGAGGAAGAACAACAUGACUAAGAGGAUAUCAGCAAAGCCUCCACUCUUUGCACAUUCGUCGUCUAGCCCUAGCUACGACGAGAGCUCGGCCUCGUCCUCGAUCUUCACAACCACGACUCCCAUCUCGGGCAAGACUGCCUCUGACAGGACGGAGGAUGGCAGCAUCAACAGGCCGAACUACAUGAACUUGACAGAGGCAACGAGGGCGAAGCAGAGGAGGCACGGAGCUCUGAGGCAGCAGUCCAUGGAUGAGUUUCAGUUUCUCAACAAGUCCAUGGCUGAUCCGAAGAGCUCGGAUUGUAGUGCCCUGCCUCGACUCCCGACACGAAUGGACAAGGGCUUUUUCUAGGUGGAGGGGAAAAUGUGGAUUUGAAACUUACAACAGCUUGAUUGUUUGAUAUUCACUUCUGCAUUUUGUAACAUAGUAGUACCUGUUUAUGAGUUUUGCAAUGAGAAAACAAGACUGUAUUUAUUGAUCAUCUAAUUCAAGUUUAUUCGA